AUGGCCGAAACCCCCAAUACGCGAGCCAACCGUCCAAGUCUUGGAGCCGGUAUGCGCAGCAGCUCCUACGUGCAAGAACUCUCCCAGUACCGCCCCCCUCAACCCGACGGCCAUGAAGGAAUCGACAGCAUCGUGGAACGUACGCAGAAUACAUCCAUCACGCCCUCACCCCCUCUCAAACCCUACAAUGGUGUUCCCUCCCCUCACUCGCCGCCUAAAAUCGUCGACAGCGGCCUGAAUCACACCCUCACACACACAAACUGCCAAGCCCCGCCAGGUACAACCUCUGAUCGUGUAAUCGCCACGAUCCUGUACAAGAACGACUCCCCGCGCAUCUUCCCGGCCCCGCCAAUUGACCGCUCGCCCUCGCCCUCGAGAAUAAAUACCCCCGGUACCAUCCCGCCAAACAUGGCGCCUACGCGCUCACUGAGCAAUUUCCCGCUCGAGCCGCCGCCACCUGAUCCAGAGCCGUUGGAUCAUCUGUACGGCUCGUAUAUCUCGCCGUUAUACGCUACAUACCUUACCCUAGCCGACUUACGGAAACACGAACUGCUAUAUCGCUUUGAGCGGGAAUGGAACGUGGAUGUUGUUCUGCAAGUCGAUACAGUGCUACGCCGCUACCCACAACUGGUAGUCUUCGACAUGGACUCCACACUAAUCGAACAAGAAGUAAUCGACCUCCUCGCCGCCUCCAUCAACGUCCAAGACGCCGUCUCCACCAUAACCUCGCGUGCUAUGAACGGCGAGUUGGACUUCUCCUCCUCGUUCCGCGAACGCGUAAAACUGUUACGCGGAGUCGACGCCGACAUAUUCUCGAAAUUACAAUCAGUCAUCACACCCACCAAAGGCGCCCGCGAACUAAUCCGCGCUCUGAAACGCAUCGGUUGUAAAACAGCCGUCCUCUCAGGUGGUUUCAUCCCACUCACGCAAUACCUCGCCGACUCCCUCGGCAUCGACUACGCAUACGCCAACUCCCUCGUCUCCGACCCAGCAACCAACACCUUCACGGGCGAAGUAUCCGGCUCCAUAGUUAACGCGGAACGGAAGCGCGAGUUACUGCUCGAGAUCGCGAAGAAGGAAAACGUGCAUAUCGAUCAGGUGGUCGCUGUCGGCGAUGGCGCGAAUGAUCUGCUCAUGAUGGGCGCGGCCGGACUAGGCGUGGCGUGGAACGCGAAGCCGGUUGUGCAGAUGGAGGCGCAGGCACGGUUGAACGGGAGUAGUUUAUUAGAGCUGUUAUUCAUUUUCGGGUUUACUGCCGAGGAGGUACAGGUUCUGAUUGCUUGA